AUGUAUCAAGUACGCGUUUCUGGACUGGACGAAGGAGGCAUUCUGCGUCUUCGGCCAACUGGUUCAGCAAAACUUGGUUGCGAAGUUGUUGGUAGGUGCCUUUCCCCGAAGUGCGCUGGUAUUAGAAUUAACCUUGAGUCUGUCCCAUUGAACUCUAUCCAUCUAUUCCCUUUUUUGCAACUCAUGAAAGCAUCCUCUCAAAAUUGCUGUUUACAUUACCUCCUUUUGCGUCUUUCAUGCUCUAUGCUCAUUGAGAUCUGCCCUUCACAUACACAGAUAAAGUAACUGGGGGACCGGUUGAUUUUGCCAAAUCUACGAACGUCAUUGGCUGGACCCUGCCAAUCUACCAAUCCGGUCUUGUGGGCAACCCGGGUGACCUUGCGGCACAUUUGUAUGGCGUGGGUAAUGAAUUAUUCAUCGGCGGAGUCCGGUCUGGCCUUCCCAGCAGCCUUCGGGGAAGAUGUUGGUUCCACGACGGUCGUGUUUAUGUGCCGUCGCGCAACUUCUGGAUUUCAGUCUCCGAACAGAGCGGUAAGCUUAAGUAA